AUGCCAAAUUUGUCUAAGAAUUAUCUGCAUGAGUGGUGGAUGUUCUCUCUUGGCUUUAUUGCCGUUCGUACCAGACUUAAUAAAGUUGUACGCUGGGUACCUGGACCUACGUCCAAGGAAGCAGGUACUUCGUCCUUUAAUAUAUCUUUUGCUGGGGAAAUGGGAUGCUGGGAGAUUGAACUGGCCUUCGGUCAACGCCUAGGUGCGGAUGAAGCUAAUCAUCAUCGUACGGUUAUCGGAGAGAUAUAG